UCCUCGCUGGCUGCCAUGGAGGAGUUCCACCUCAGCCUCUCGCAGUGCGUGGUGCUGCGCUACCACUGGAUAGACCCCUUCGUCCGCCGCCUCCGGGAGCGCCUGGCCUCCUUCGACAGGUUCUUCUGCGUGGCUGACCAAGUGAAGGUUUACACCAACCAGAAUAAAACCAGGACUUUUAUUGGCUUGGAGGUCUCCGCCGGGCAUUUCCAACUGCUGGAGCUGGUCUCAGAGGUGGACAGGGUUCUGGAGGAAUUUGACCUUCCCACGUUCUACAAGGACCCAUCGUUCCAUAUCAGCUUGGCCUGGUGUGUUGGGGACCUGUCGGGCAGGCUGGAAGGGCAGUGUCUGCGGGAGCUCCAGGACAUCGUGGACGGGUUUGAGGACUCGGCGCUCCUGCUGCGUGUCCAAUGGGAGCAAAUCCGCUGCAAGUCUGGGAACAAGUACUUCUCCUUCCCCUUGAGGUAGGGUCCGGUGGGGCUGUGCAUUUCAGAGCCUCCAAGACCCUGAAGUUCAACCAAGGACCGUUCUGCAGCGCAGCU